GUAAGCAGAAUUAAGUAUUUUUGAGGCUCAUGGUUUGAGUUUUCGAAGUUCACGUAAUAGCAUGCGUGGGGACCACAUUAGUUGUUAAAUGCCUUGCGUUAGGCGGUGGCAUAACGCCUCGAGCCUUUCAGCACCAGUCGAGGUAGUCACUACGCGGUGCCCACGCACGAGACCGCGGUGGGCAAAACACAAUAGAAAAUGUAGCGGGGAGUGGAGAUACCCAUCACUAGCGAAGGACGCUGCAGCAAAAUCCAAACUUCCUAUUCAGUGUUAUCGAUUCGCGUCCCAGUUUUGUGUUAUUUCCCAGCGUAGGUUGCACCGAUAGAGAAGGGUGAGAGUUGGCCCGACUAGGCAGCGUGUUCAGGAGGUGUCUUGCUGGUGAGACAUUGUUAUCUAUAGGCGUAGCCGGGGAGAUGAAAAUACUCAUCUUCCUUUUGUCCGCACUCAGGAAGUGGCCAGUUCACAUGAGCACACGUUUGGCAGAUGAUCUUGGCGGAGUCGCUACGAAGGAGGGGCUCCGAUAAUAUUGCCGUCGAAUUGCCUCGGUGGGUGGUUUCUGUAUAUUUUAUGUACCCAGUAUGGUGUAACCGUGGUUGACACAAUGGUAGACAUACCCUUACGAAAAGGAAAAAACAGUCUGUGACAAGGUCAUGUAUAUAGGGGACAGCACAUCAGUCUGUAUGUUGAGGAGCUGGUGUGUGAAAACCGUCCGAGCAACGUUCUAAUAGUAGAUACGGAUACCGAACGUAGGUACCAUGUCGGUAGCAUCACAGCACCCCAGUCGCGUGUACGUACACGGGACAUUCAGACUGGCCGACGUGGCUCGAACUGGGGUAAGGAACCUCAACGGUGGGAAUAUGAAUCGUUGAGUGCAAAAAACUGAUGCCAUCGAACGAUAGCCGAGCAUUUACAAUGGGAAAGUCUAGGAUACUAGUGGCGGUGGUUGCAAUAUGCUUUGCACACUUCAGCCUCGGUGUCACUUCGAUGGUCGACCGGAUGUACGUUCCUGAUCCGGCAAUCGCCCCUAGGGGCUUCCUUGACAAAUACGACUUUAAGCUGCGGCAGUUCGCGAAGCUUUUUGCUAACAGUUCGACUGGAAGAUUAUUGAAGGAAGUUGUUGAGGACCUGGCUGCAUACCCAGCGAAGAAAUUCGGCGUUGACAUAGAUUCGGCGGCGUCAAUGCGACAGCCAGUUUACUACCCCCCGCCGCAGGCUCCAGUUGUCAAAGGUAACCUGGUUGCUGUGUCAGGAGCUGCGCUACAGAGAUAG